AUCAGCAAACACGGGAGACGCGGAUGAACAGGAUUGCGUGCAGGACAAGGGCGUUUUGGAUGGCUUCAAGUUGACACAAGGCAGGUUGAGUGGUGUCGGCCAGAGAAUAAGAAAUGUUUAAUUUCUGUGACAACACUUCGCGUAAUGCAACGCCACAGUGUUUCAUUCCAGUCAGAGAUGCAACAUUACCAAGCCGUGGAGUCCUCGGAGUACAGUAUGAAUUGAAAGCACUUUACCUCUUUGCAAAUAGGAAGAAGGUUUUGUCCAAAUGUCAGGCGAAAGCCGGUGGCGAAAAGCAGCAGCGGCAAGAGCAGAGUUUUCAGUACGAGCAGCCAACCCACUUAGCACAGCAGGAGGACCCAUGGAAUCGGCUGCAUGCAGCCGCAACCGUGGCAAGUGCCAACAAAGGAAUCUACCUCUACAAUCCCAAGGCACCCAAAGACAGCCUGGACAUUCAUCUUAAUGCUGUUUAUGAUCAUUCAAACGCAUUUUUGAAGCAGAAAAAUGAGGUGAUUCUUCAAAAAACUACUUGUGAUCCUCAGAGAGGCUGUUGGCUAAGCACCAAUGGACAAUUACCUGAAGAUGUGUUUCGCCGGAAAAUAGCAAGGGACAGAGUGCAGAAAGAUAUUUGUGGCUGUGCCCACGAUCACACAGAAACCAGCGCUAUUUACGUACGAGCAAGAUCUCCCCCAAGAUUUUGGGUUUCACCCACAAAAUCAUCUAUUCAUAGCAUCUCUGGAGCAAUAACAAGCCAACAUACCGCGGCAACUAACGGAGGUUAUUCCAGGAAAAUAGACGGUGGUUUCUUUACAAUCUGAAUUAGAGGAUGUUUCUGCAUAAUACUGAACUUAGAUAUUGUCAAGUCUUUGUUCAAUAUCUUCAAUAAGACACUGUAAUAUUAAGAACAAGCUGUGCUAGUACUGUGAAGUAGCAUUGAAAGUAAGGACUUCUCCCCAUGUAAUUAGAGAAUUAAAUCACUA